UUUAAAGACUGUUUUUGCCUCCAACUUCUUUGUUGCAAGAAAGACAGCAAGAUAAAACAACUACAACAACUAAAGUAAUCUUGGUAAGAUUUUGUCGUGCAUGUUUUUAACUACUAUCAUUUGUUUAGUCAAAGCUAGAUUUAUUUCUGCCUGAUAAAUAAUGGCACAAUACAGUAGUUCACGUAACAUAAUGAGUUAUCACCUCUUAAUUUCUAACAUAGGUUAUAGUUACGUCUUUUAGAAACUAUGUUUUCAACGGGUUUACCGUAUUCUUUGAUUUGCUUGUUACCAUGGAGGGUGACUGUAAAAUUACAUGGUUUAAAUAACUGUUCAUGAGAGUUACUAAAACUGAUGGCAGUAACCUAAUGAAAAAUCGGUCAAAACUAGGACGAAAAUGUAAUGAGAAAGUAACAUUGCCACUGGUUGUGCGUACAAGACGAGAUAAUAGAGAGGUUCAGAUUUGACUUCUACGACCGCUAUACCACUACCUCUCACUUGCUUAGUACACAUCUGAUUGGUUGAUCGGAUAUAUCCGUGAAACGCAUCCGAUUGCCUAUAUAAUGGUUCCUUAAUGGUAGCGGUAGCAACUCGUGAGAAUUGGAGCGACUCGUGAAAAAAUGGCACGAGGAUGCUUUCCGUUCGCGAAUCGCGCCAAUGUUUCAGUAGUCGCACCCAUUUGUUCACGAGUCGCGCUAUUGUGUCCCAUUUCGUCGCGAGUCGCAUGCCACGCCAAUUACAUUAUCUCGUAAAAGACACGCGAUCUGGUUUAUCUCUAGUCAUAAAAUUACUCUGAUCUGAAAAGUAAUUUUUCCAGUGCAGCAGAGCUAUUUUUGAAAUCACUUUAAAAAUGGCUUGCGCGACAAAAAAUGGUAGUUUGAAACACAAUUUGAAUUCAUAUAGACAUAAAGUGCAAAUUUAGAGGGUAUUGUUUGAAUGAUCAAAGUAUACCAGACAAUUUGAUGUAGCCUACAUUGAGCACUGACAUUAAAUCCAACGCGCGACCUCUAAAACUUCACAAUUUUUAAACGUUUUUAUGAAGCUGAGUUGUAAGAAAUCAAUCAUGUAUAAAAUAAAUCAUGCAUAAAAUAAAUCAUGCAUAAAAUCAGUCAUCACCAAUCUUCGCGAGACAGGGCUAGAACACAAUUACUUCAACUCAAUGUAUUUUUGCCAUUAAAAAUAAAGAACAAUUUACAAAUUUAUAAUGUUUCCUCGCUUACCUACCUUCGGUAAACUGGCAGAAAACAAUGUUCUACAACAGCGUUUCUUUAUUAUCAUGGCUUUACCACUUUAUUCAUUUAUGCUACAGAUUACAUUGAUUUGGUAGAAAUGAAUAUUUUUCUGAAAUCGUUUCUUGUCGUCAUGGUAAGCUGGGUUAUGGUAAAGCAUGCAGUUUCUCUUCCGGAUGACGGUCCUCCAUCAAACUGGGAUCAGAAGGAGUUCUGGACGCCUUGCGAGCAUGACUAUCUCAAUCCCUUGGGAGCAUGUCGUCAGUUUGGUUUCAGUAUAACAGAAAAUCCUGAAGGAGGUCACACGAAAGCAAAACAGGUCAAUCGCUGGUGGAGUGGUGGAGUAAAUAAGUGUAGUGAUGCCCCACCUCGCGUACGCUACUUUUGCUCCAAGAUUUAUACCAAGGCGUAUUGGCAAGGUACAUGUACUAAUAAUAUAUGGCCAACUUAAUAUUUUACGGCUCAAUGUGUGCAGCGUUCUACAAUAAGCGGCAGCGGGAUUCACAUUGCAGAGAGGGUGUGAAUUUUAAAGCCCCGUUUACACGACAGUCAUUUUGGGCACGGCACGCUUAAAUUUUGGCACGCGGACCCAUUUUUUUGGGCACGGCACUCUUAAUAUUUGUCGUGUAAACGCAAAAUUAAGGGUCCGCGGGCCCAAAAUUUUAAGCGGGCCGAGACCUCCUCCUCAGGAGGUAGUCUCGGCCCGCUUAAAAAUGGGUCCGCGGACCAAAAACUUGUUACGCACGCGUUUUGUUUCUCACAUUGCAAAAAUAUUGUGUCUGUAUACAAACAAAUAUCGAGGGAAAAUGUGCAUGGUCAGACGAAGCUAUAUACAAGAGCUCCGAUAUAUAUUAUGGUCAUGCAUAAAGAAGCUAUAUAUUCAACUGGUAUUCUUGCUACACUCAAGUUAAAGCUCACAGCAAAGCGACUGAGAGAAAGAGAACUGUAUUUAAGCAGUUUAAUAAGUAAUGCUGAUAUAUGUGAUGGUGAAGAUUAUUGUUAUUUCAUAAUUAACAAUUAACAAUCAUUUGCCGAGGACGAAGUGCUAUCUGUCAACAUUCACCACACCAUAAUCAUGCAGUGAGCCUGCAGCCGAAUCAUUGUUGUAGUAUAAAUUAAUUUUCAACGAAAUAAAACAGAAUAUCUAAAUAUCAAUUUAAGUAUUCUGAAAUGAAACUGUUGUCGCUGCUUGUCAGCCAUGCAGUUUAUACGAGGUUACUGAAUGUUAUAGUGUUGUCAAUUAAAAGACGCAGUGUUUCUUGUUCGCACUGUGCACGCUUUCAAAAUGGCAUCCUAUAUUUUUAUAAUAUUAAUUUAUUGCUUUAUUACAAAGUUGUUUAUCGCCAUGAAGGUCAAUGUCAAAUGAAAUAUCAUGAUCCAUAGCUUAGAAAAUUAAAACACUUUCAUAUAAUAGUUUUUCAAGCACCAACAAGUACAGAUUUCGCUAGGUUUAUAUGAGUUUAUAAACUUACAGUUUUUAAUAAUUGUCUGGAAAUACUUCAAUACAAAUUUUCGAAAACUUAAACUAUCUCAAUAAAAAUAUAUUUUCUGCUUAUUUUACUCCGGAAAGCUGAGAGAAUUGGUAAAAAUGAAAUGUUAAUUUAAUGCUCGGAAUAAAGUUUAAUACACUUUUCGCUACACCAAAAAGUUAUGGCUGAAUAGAUCAGAUAUAUUAAGCGUGCCGAACCCAAAAGUUUUAGAACAAAAAUUUCGUCGUGUAAACGCAACAGGCGGACCAAAAAGCAUGGGUCCGCGUGCCAAAAUUUAAGCGUGCCGUACCCAAAAUGACUGUCGUGUAAACGGGAUACUGAUUUGGUAUUGGUGUAACAGCCUAACAGGGUAUAUAUACUUUAUAUACCUAAUACCUUCAUAUAUACAUGAACUUGUGGUUUAUGCUGCACAACUCGACUUUGUAGAGCAGUUGGUUAAGCCUGGUUUCCAUUAAAUCGUAAUUAUCGCAAGAACCGCAUCGCAAGCGUCGCAACGAUUUUAAAAACGCGAAAAUUUUAAUAAAAACUGCGAUUUAUUGGAAACUUGAGUCACACCAAUAACUAAGACUCUUACGACAAAGUCGCAAAGAUAGACUUGCUGCGAUUUUUGCGAUAGCGACGUCUGCGUUCCGCGACUAUUGCGAUGAUUACGAUUUAAUGGAAACUAGGCUUUAGAGCGCUGCAUCGGAAUCGCAGGGCCAGGUUCGAUUCCCACAAGAAUUAGGUCUGGUUAGGUCUAAAAUGUAAAUAAUUUACACCCUUCAGCGUUUAGUUCUAUCGAGUGAGAUCCCAAACAUCCUACUGUAGAUAAUACCCCUACAUUAUCUGUUCUUCAUUUCCCUUAUCUGUGCUAAAUUUCAUCUCAGGGACAGCUCCAACAUGUGGUUCGAAAGAGUCAAAUGAGCAGAAAUGUCGAGAUAACGGAUAUACACCACUUCAUUACACAAGUGAUUACGGAGAUGGUGCAUACUGUUCUUGGUCUGGCACUAAGGUUCUUUGUGUCAAGAAGUAACAAUGGAUAACUGUGGAAAUAGCUUAGUAAUUGUGUACCAUUAAAACUAUGGUAAUGUCGACGAGCUAAUUAACGGAUAUAUUGGUAAAAAUAAAAUAUAAAAUCAAUUAUGU